AAAAAGGAAAUCGUAUGCAAGUCCAGCAAAGGUCUGUUUACUUGUUUAGUCAUUGAGUCUUACUUUAUUCAAAAAUUUGCGACUCCCUUUCGACCCCAAUUAGAAAAAGAAGAAGUAGGUGAUCGAUGUCUUCGUUUCAUUAUUUCUGUUUAGAAGACUUUAUUUUGAUUAGUUCCGAGAUGCCCUACAUGGCCAGACAGAUGGGGACGCUUGCGCAUUUUCGAUCUAUCCCAGACUCUCUCUUUAUAAUGGAGCAUUUUCCAUAGGUCAUUUUCCCACCAAAAGCUUACUGAAACUAAUCAUGGUCCAAGAAAAGAAAGUGGUCGAUGAGGUUUCCGGUUGGCUUAGGCUCUUUGACGACGGAUCAGUCGACCGGACAUGGACGGGACCCCCUGACGUCAAGUUCAUGACAGAGCCAGUCCCACCGCACGUUGAGUUCAUCGACGGAGUUGCGACAAAAGACAUGGUCAUCGAUGAAACGUCCGGCCUUCGAGUUCGAAUUUACUUACCUGAGAGAAAGCCGGAGGAUUGUGAGAGUCUGCCCAUAUUUCUCCACUUCCAUGGAGGCGGCUUUUGCAUUAGCCAAGCAGAUUGGUACAUGUACUACCACAUGUACACAAACCUCGCACGUGCAGCCAACGCCAUAUGCGUCUCCGUCUAUCUACGCCUCGCACCGGAGCACCGUCUCCCGGCUCCGAUCGACGAUGGCUUCUCUGCUCUCCUCUGGCUCCGGUCCCUGGCUCGAGGUGAUUCAUAUGAACCAUGGUUCAACGACCAUGCAGACUUUAACCGUGUUUACCUCCUGGGGGAUAGCACAGGAGGAAACAUAGUCCAUGAAGUGGCUGCAAGAGCAGGGAAGCUGGAUUUGAGUCCGGCGAAAUUAUCCGGCGGGAUUCUUAUCCACCCUGGUUUUGUCCAGUCAUCGAGGAGCAGGUCAGAGCUGGAACAGCCACAGUCACCUAUGCUUACUCUAGACAUGGUGGACAAGUUCCUGAGCUUUGCACUGCCGGUGGGGUCCACCAAGGACCAUCCGGUUACGUGUCCGAUGGGUUCCGGCGCACCACCGUUGGAAAGUCUGCAGCUGCCGCGGUUCCUUGUGUGCGUGGCAGAGAGAGACAUCAUGGUGGACACUGAGAUGGAGUACUAUGAGGCCAUGAAGAAGGCUGGUAAGAAUGUGGAGCUCCUGAUUAGCACUGGGGUGAGUCACAGCUUUUAUCUUAACAAGAUUGCUGUGGACAUGGAUCCGCAAACGGAAGCGCAAACUGAAAUCCUAAUUUCAAGAAUCAAAGAGUUCGUCAACAAUUAAGUAGUGAAAUACUUAGCCCCGUUGAUAUUUUAAGUUUUAAGCAAGUAAUCUUGCAAAGCUGAGGUUGUGCUAGCUCUCAAGAUUGGGCGAGCAGGCCGGCAGGGCCCCCACCAAUCUCUCUGAUUUCCAGAAUGGAAUGACGGCCUCCCUGGGCCUCCUUGAAUCUUGUCCUGCUUUCGUAUCUUUCUUUCUAGCUCUAGCUUGCUGUUGUUUUAGUUGUUUUUCCUAGCUUCCUCUUCUUUAUGUUGUAGUUCGCUUUUUCUCGCCCUUGUGGCUUAAUGAAGUUCUUA